AUGGCACCCGGCAUCUAACUGGCUAAACUACAGACUUUUCAUACAAAAUCAGGGAGGGUUACGUUGUUAGGCUGAGGCAGGGAGGAUGCCCGUGGAAAGGACUGAGCCCCGUUGGGCCGACGAGCUCCACGAGUACUAUGAGGUGUAUGACACCAUCGGCUCAGGUGGUUUUGCUAAAGUGAAGCUAGGUCGGCACAUCCUGACAGGAGAAAAAGUUGCCAUUAAAAUCAUGAACAAGAAGGAUCUAGGGGACGACCUGCCCCGCGUGAAGGUAGAGAUUGAGGCCAUGAAGAACUUGAGUCAUCAGCACAUUUGUCGUCUCUACCAGGUCAUAGAGACCUCCACCCAGAUCUUCAUGAUUCUUGAGUACUGUCCAGGAGGGGAGUUGUUCGACUAUAUCAUAGCAAAGGACCGUCUGUCAGAGGAGGAGACCAGGGUGUUUUUCAGGCAGAUUGUGUCUGCGUUGGCAUACGUUCACAGCCAGGGCUAUGCACACAGAGACCUAAAACCGGAAAACCUCUUGAUAGAUGAAGACCACAACUUGAAGCUAAUAGACUUUGGCUUGUGUGCCAAACCCAAGGGAGGUCUCAGUUAUGAACUGAUGACAUGUUGUGGGAGCCCUGCUUAUGCUGCUCCUGAACUUAUCCAGGGAAAAGCAUAUAUUGGUUCAGAGGCUGAUGUGUGGAGUAUGGGAGUGCUGCUUUUCGCUCUGCUCUGUGGAUACCUGCCCUUCGAUGACGACAACUGCAUGGUCCUCUAUAGGAAAAUUUCCAGAGGUAAAUACGACAAUCCUCAGUGGCUCUCUCCAGGUAGCAUCCUCCUCCUCAACCAAAUGAUGCAGGUGGACCCCAAGCGGCGUAUUACUGUCAGACAGUUGCUGAACCAUCCCUGGGUGAUGAGAGACUACAACAGCCCUGUGGAGUGGUACAGCAGGCAGCCGCUUGGUCAUAUUGAUGAGGACUGUAUCACUGAGAUGGCCGUCAACAUGAAACGAUCCAGAGAGAGCACCACAGCGCUGGUCAAGGAGUGGCGGUAUGACCAGAUCACAGCCACCUACCUGCUGUUGCUGUCAAAGAAGCAGAGGGGCAAGCCAGUCCGCCUGCGCCCUGAGCCAACUGGCCGUGAGGAUUCCAGAUCUCCACUACACAGAGGAUUACAGACUAAAGAAACCCUUCACUUCAGCGAAGAUGAAGAUGCUGUGAUUGUAGGUUCUCUGGACUUUUGCUCAGAAUACAUUGAUGAUUGCCCGUGGGUUUCUGGCACACAACAUACACCCCAAGGGGUUAGAAGUCGGCCAGAAAGAACCACGAACAACAAAGAAACGUUACUGGCAUCUCCAUUGGUGGAGAGAAGAUGUGCUUACAGCCCGACCCCAAGAGGGGGGCGAGCGACAAUACAGCAUCGCCAAGGGCGGAGGGACGGAGACCAAGAGCGAACAAGUGAGAACAAGGAGAAUAUUGCUGUGCAGGAGAAAGAUGUUGAAAUAUUUGUGUUACCUCUUCCUCGAACUCCUGCGUCCAGUAAGAAGAAUGCACGCCCCAACAAGAAUGUGUUGACCACACCAAACCAAAACGCUUACGUCAAUGACAACAAGACAAAUGCACUCACACCUAAGGGUGGAGGCAGUGCCUCCAAAGAGCCCACUAAGAAGAGAAUAGCAGAGAACAAGGAGCCAGCAAACAUUGAUAUAAUGACCUUCAGUCCUGAGCGAAGAUCUCGGUCUCUGGACAUGGCUGGUAUGGGAGACAGCGGGAAAAAGAAAAGAGGUGGGAAGAUGUUUGGUUCUCUGGAGAGAGGCUUGGACAAGGUUAUAACCAUGCUCACUCCCAGCAAGAGGCGAGCCCUGCGAGACGGCCCACGGAAGAUCAAGGCUCUGUACAACGUUACUCUAACAAGUCAGACCAACCCAGACCAGAUCCUUAAUCAGAUCCUCUCCAUCCUGCCCGAGAAAAACGUUGAUUUCACACAGAAAGGGUACACCCUGAAAUGCCGGACCUGGGGAGACUUUGGUAAGGUGAACAUGAUGUUUGAGCUGGAGGUGUGCCUGCUGCAGAGGCCAGAGGUUGUUGGGAUCCGCCGCCAGAGGCUGAAAGGGGAUGCCUGGGUCUACAAGCACCUGGUGGAAGACAUCCUCUCCACAUUCAGAAUCUAAACAAUGAUGGGUCAGCACUUUCCUGGAGACGACCGCUUCUUCUCCAGAAUAUUUUGGAUACCGGCCUUUUUGUGUCAGUGACAUGAAACUGCUUUCCUUUCAGUGUCCAGAAGUGAAGGAUGAUUGAUAACUGACUGAUGCGGCUCAUUCUUAGCAUUAGUGAUCAAUCCUUUUGUUAUUCUUAGUGAAUUGCUAAAAUUGUUCUUAGGCCAGCCGACAAUUCCCAGAAUACAUGUUACAGUAAAUGUAUGAACAUUUCAUGUACAGUAAAUCUUGUUAUAUGUAGAAUAUUGUUUUACUUCAGUUAUUCAUGAAUAUUAAAG